GGCGCAGACGCGACCACAACACAACGACGGCUAACUGCUAGCUCACCUGGCUCAGCUAGCUUGAGUUAGUAUUCCACCCAAAAUAUGACGCGCUAAAUGUGAACCGUAGACGAGUCAAUAAAGCUACGAGCUCAGAUAAUUUGUCGGACGCGUGUACGUUGGUGCUGAAAACGGCCUUCCACAAUGUAUGCCGUGUACAGACAAGCUCAUACCCCCACUGCUGUGGAGUUUUCUGUCUACUGCAACUUUAUAUCCAGCAAGGAGAAGAAUUUGGUCGUUGCUGGAACGUCUCAACUGUUUGUCUACCGGAUCAUCCACGAUGUGGAGAGUACAUCCAAGAGUGAGAAGUCCUCGGAGUCCAAAUCUCGUAAGGAGAAGCUGGAGCAGGUGGCAUCCUUUUCUCUCUUUGGCAAUGUUAUGUCAAUGGCCAGCGUUCAGCUUGUAGGAGCCAACAGGGAUGCUCUCCUCCUCAGUUUCAAAGAUGCAAAGUUGUCCGUAGUGGAGUAUGACCCAGGGACACAUGACCUGAAGACGCUGUCUCUGCAUUACUUUGAGGAGCCGGAGCUCAGAGAUGGGUUUGUACAGAAUGUACACAUUCCCAUUGUUCGUGUGGAUCCAGAGAAUCGCUGUGCUGUAAUGCUUGUUUAUGGCACCAAACUUGUGGUGCUGCCGUUCCGAAAGGACACGCUCACCGAUGAGCAGGAGGGUGGAGUUGGAGAAGGGCCUAAAUCCAACUUCCUACCUAGCUACAUCAUUGACGUUCGGGAGCUAGAUGAAAAGCUACUGAACAUCAUCGACAUGAAGUUCCUCCAUGGCUACUACGAGCCCACGCUUCUCAUUCUGUUUGAGCCCAACCAGACAUGGCCUGGGCGUGUGGCUGUGCGUCAGGACACUUGUAGCAUUGUUGCCAUCUCCCUCAACAUCAUGCAGAAGGUUCAUCCUGUCAUCUGGUCUCUCAGUAAUCUACCUUUUGACUGUACACAGGUCAUGGCUGUUCCCAAGCCUAUCGGUGGCGUUGUGGUGUUUGCUGUGAACUCUUUGCUGUAUCUGAACCAAAGCGUUCCGCCGUAUGGAGUUUCUCUCAAUUCACAGACAAAUGGGACCACAGCGUUUCCUCUGCGUGUUCAAGAUGAAGUGAAGAUCAUGCUAGACUGUGCUCAGUCUGACUUUAUUGCUUAUGACAAGAUGGUCAUCUCCCUGAAAGGAGGGGAAAUUUACGUGCUGACCCUGAUAACUGAUGGCAUGAGGAGCGUGCGGGCUUUUCACUUUGACAAAGCUGCUGCCAGCGUCCUGACAACCUGUAUGGUGACUAUGGAGCCAGGCUACCUUUUCCUGGGUUCCCGCCUCGGAAACUCUCUACUUCUGAAGUACACUGAGAAGCUGCAGGAGACACCAGCAGAAGAAGGCAAAGAAAAGCAGGACAAAGACAAAGAUAAAGAUAAGCAGGAGGAACCACCAAGCAAAAAGAAGCGGGUCGAGUCUUCUGCCAAUUGGACUGAUGAGGUGGAUGAGAUAGAGGUGUACGGAAGUGAGGCCCAGUCAGGCACUCAGCUGGCCACCUACUCCUUUGAGGUGUGUGAUAGCAUACUCAACAUUGGACCUUGUGCAGAUGCCUCUAUGGGUGAACCUGCUUUCUUGUCUGAAGAGUUUCAGAGCAACCCUGAGCCUGACCUGGAGGUUGUUGUAUGCUCUGGCUUCGGCAAGAAUGGUGCACUGUCUGUACUUCAGAGGAGCAUUCGGCCACAAGUUGUCACUACGUUUGAGUUGCCAGGUUGCCACGACAUGUGGACGGUCAUCUCAAGUGAAGUCAAGGAAGACAAGAAAGCUGCAAAAAGUGAUGAGUCAGAGGAUGGAGGAGAGACUGAGCCCGGUGAGGAUGGCGAAGAGGGAGAGAAGGACAAGGAGGAGACUGAGAAAGAAGAGGAGAAGAAGACAGAGCCUCCCCUGGAGGAUGAUGCAAAGAAGCACGGAUUUCUUAUCCUAAGCAGAGAAGACUCAACCAUGAUCCUUCAGACAGGUCAGGAGAUCAUGGAGCUGGACACCAGUGGUUUUGCCACUCAGGGACCCACUGUGUUCGCUGGAAACAUUGGCGAUAACAAGUACAUCAUCCAGGUCUCCCCUAUGGGCCUUCGACUCCUGGAAGGAGUGAAACAGCUGCACUUCAUCCCGGUGGACCUGGGCUCUCCCAUAGUGCAUUGCUCAGUGGCAGACCCUUACGUGGUCAUCAUGACUGCCGAGGGAGUGGUCACCAUGUUUGUGCUGAAGAUUGACACAUACAUGGGGAAAACGCACAGACUGGCUCUGCAGAAACCACAGAUUCCCACUCAAUCUCGUGUGAUCACACUGUGCGCGUACCGAGACGUGAGUGGGAUGUUCACCACAGAAAACAAAGUGAGCUGCUCCAUCAAGGAGGACAGCAUGAUCAGGAGUCAGUCAGAGACGGAGACCAUCAUCCAGGACCUCUCCAACACGGUGGACGAUGAGGAGGAAAUGCUGUACGGAGACUCCGGUGCCGGCGCGUCAGCUGUAAGGGAGGACGUCGCCCGCAACUCAUCAGCAAUGGGGCCUUUUGGAAAUGACGGAAGCUCAGUAAAAGCAGAGCCCACCCACUGGUGUAUGAUCAUCAGGGAGAAUGGUGUGAUGGAGAUUUUCCAGCUGCCAGAGUGGCGACUAGUGUUCCUGGUGAAGAACUUCCCAGUAGGCCAAAGAGUGCUGGUGGACAGUUCCUCUGGCCAGUCAGCAACACAGGGGGAAGGUAAAAAAGAAGAGGUGACUCGCCAAGGAGAAAUCCCAUUAGUCAAAGAGGUUUCUUUGGUCUCCCUCGGCUACAAUCACAGCAGACCGUAUUUGCUGGUCCACGUGGAACAGGAGCUUUUGAUCUAUGAAGCGUUCCCGUACGAUCAACAGCAGCCACAAAACAACCUGAAAGUCCGCUUCAAAAAAGUGCCCCACAACAUUAACUUCAGAGAGAAGAAAUCAAAGCUUAAGAAAGAUAAGAAGGCGGAGAGCAGUGUCACUGAGGAAAGUUCAGGCGUGAAGGGACGUAUUGCCAGGUUCAGGUACUUCGAGGACAUCUCUGGAUACUCAGGGGUGUUUAUCUGCGGUCCGUCUCCUCACUGGAUGUUGGUCACCUCUCGGGGAGCGAUGAGGCUUCAUCCAAUGACCAUCGAUGGCCCCAUCGAGUCUUUCUCCCCCUUCCACAAUAUCAACUGCCCCAAAGGUUUCCUCUACUUCAACAAAGCGGGCGAGCUGAGGAUCAGUGUCCUGCCCACCUAUCUCUCCUACGAUGCCCCGUGGCCAGUGAGAAAAAUCCCGCUGAGAUGCACCGUCCACUACGUCUCCUACCACGUCGAAUCAAAGGUGUACGCUGUGUGCACCAGUGUGAAAGAGCUCUGUACUCGCAUCCCCAGGAUGACUGGAGAGGAGAAAGAGUAUGAAACCAUUGACAGAGAUGAGCGUUACAUUAAUCCUCAGCAGGAGAAGUUCUCCAUCCAGCUCAUCUCUCCAGUGAGCUGGGAGGCCAUUCCCAACGCACGGAUCGACCUGGAGGAGUGGGAACAUGUGACCUGUAUGAAGACGGUAGCUCUGAGGAGUCAGGAGACGGUGUCUGGACUGAAGGGCUACAUCGCAGCAGGAACCUGCCUGAUGCAGGGGGAGGAGGUCACCUGCAGGGGCCGGAUUCUGAUCCUGGAUGUGAUCGAAGUGGUGCCGGAGCCGGGCCAGCCCCUCACCAAGAACAAGUUCAAAGUGCUCUACGAGAAGGAGCAGAAGGGACCGGUGACGGCUCUGUGCCACUGCCACGGCUACCUGGUGUCAGCCAUCGGACAGAAGAUCUUCCUGUGGGUCCUGAAGGACAACGACCUGACGGGCAUGGCCUUCAUCGACACGCAGCUCUACAUCCACCAGAUGUUCAGCAUCAAGAAUUUCAUCCUGGCUGCAGACCUGAUGAAGAGCAUCUCACUGCUCCGCUACCAGGAGGAGAGCAAGACGCUGUCUCUCGUCAGCAGGGAUGCAAAGCCCUUAGAGGUUUACAGCAUUGAAUUCAUGGUGGAUAACAACCAGCUGGGAUUCUUAGUGUCGGAUCGAGACAAGAACCUCUAUGUAUAUAUGUAUCUACCUGAAGCUAAAGAGAGCUUCGGGGGCAUGCGUCUGCUGAGGCGAGCCGACUUCAACGCCGGAGCCAACAUUAACACUUUCUGGCGGAUGCCGUGCAGAGGAGCGCUGGAGGCCGCCAGUAAAAAGGCUCUAACCUGGGACAACAAGCACAUCACCUGGUUUGCGACCCUGGACGGAGGAGUUGGGAUGCUCCUCCCCAUGCAGGAGAAGACGUAUCGUCGUCUGCUGAUGUUGCAAAACGCUCUUAACACCAUGCUGCCUCAUCACGCUGGGCUGAACCCGAAGGCCUUCAGAAUGCUGCACACUGACAGGCGGAGUCUGCAGAACGCCGUGAGAAACAUCCUGGAUGGAGAGCUCCUCAACAAGUACUUGUACCUGAGCACCAUGGAGCGCAGUGAGCUGGCCAAGAAGAUCGGGACCACUCAGGACAUCAUCCUGGAUGACCUUCUGGAAAUCGACAGAGUAACGGCUCAUUUCUGAGCACCACAUUCCUCCACCUUCUCCACUGAAUGCUGUUUUAUAGUGAAUGGAGAAAAGGCCAUUUUUGUGCAAACCUUGUUUUUCUUACUCGUCAGACAAAGAGGCCUCUCAUGUUUUGUUAGAAUAUUUUGUAUUAAAAAACAAAACCAAAAAAAA